CAACUAUUCAACAGCAAAAUCUUCUGCGAAGCGUCUUCAACCCGUCAUCCAUGAUCCGUGAACCCUAGCUAUUGGCCUCAUCUUUCUCCGUCGGGCGCUGAUAAUUGCAGCCAACAAAUAACAUGACAAAAGCGCAGCUGGUCGACAAUAUCGACCUGACUGCCAUCAAGCCUCUUCUCCGGGCCUACGCUCUAGGAUACAUCACAGUCACCGGGCCCAGGCUAUUCACCUUUGCGAGAAACCUCAAGCAAAAGGAUGUCCCGUUGCACGAGCACCUAGCUACCCUAUGUAAAAUCCUCAAAACCUCCGCAGAGUUCAACCGCUUGCCGACCGCCGUGGCCAUCAUCGUGGGAGGUGCCACAGCACUUCCACGCCUUGUUCAUAUAUGUCUCAAUUGGCCUGUGCCCGUCAGCCAAAGGACUCACGCUCGACAACCCAGCAACAAAUACUCAACUUGGAUCCAAUUCAUCUCUUCACUUGUGUCGGCGUGGGUGGCCUUUGACCUUCUCAACAGAGAUGAGAGCUGGGUUCGGAAACGCGCGAAAUCACGUACCGCCAUCACCAGCACCAGCACGAAUAUCCACGAUGCUACCAUUCUCUUCGAAUCUCCAAAUCAGCACCACAUACCACCUCCUUCAUAUCACCCACAUUAUUCUGGCAAGACCAUCGACUUCACCCUGUUUGCUUUCAGCCGAGCACUGGACAUAGCCGUCAUUACCGCCUGGACACAAACUCGCUCGAAACCCUGGCAUCCCGAGCACCGGCACCCCAGCCUCGCCACCGCGGUGCGAAAGCUCAUGGACCCUGCGAUAUUCGCAACGUCCGCAGCUGUUAUCAUGUGGUCAUGGUUUUACUCCCCAGAGCGCCUCCCGCGAGAAUACAACCGGUGGAUCUCCAAGGCCGCCGACAUCGACCCUCGCGUCAUCCAAGCUCUCCGGCUCGCUCGAAGAGGCGAGUUCGUCUACGGAAAAGACACCGGUAAAGCGCCACUCCUUCAAAGCUUGUCCCGCGAGCUCGGUCUGCCGGAGGUGUACGGUGAUCCUGCCCGGACCAUCCCUGUCCCCUGUGAGCUGUACCACUGUGGAACCGGGAAAAGCUGCGAGAGGCAUGCCGCUUCGAGGUUCUGGCGAAGUUGGAAGUUCGCCAUGGAAGUCUACGUGCCACUUCAACUCCUCGCGCACCUUCGUCACCCCAGUUUCAAUGCCGCCAUGAAGAGCAUCAAGGGCGCGGCCAGGUCCUCUUCCUUCCUGGCUGCAUUCGUCGCACUCUUCUACUACGCCGUGUGUCUGGCCAGGACGCGCUUGGGCCCAAAGGUGUUUUCGUACAAGACCAUAUCUCCACAAAUGUGGGACUCGGGCCUUUGUAUCCUGGCAGGGUGUCUCGCGUGUGGGUGGUCUAUCCUCUUGGAAAGACCGAGUCGACGACAAGAGAUCGCCUUCUUUGUCGCACCGAGGGCCCUGGCUACGGUCCUGCCCAGGGUGUAUGAUAAGAAACAUCAAAGGAGAGAGCAAGCCGUGUUUGCCACCAGUGUUGCGGUGGUUUUGACAACAAUGAAGACCGGUAAUAACGGGCGCAGCGUCAGGGGAGUUCUGGGAAGACUUUUGAAUCAUGUCAUGAAAGAGUAGGCUUUAUGAUUUUGUUCUAUUAUACGGAGUAUGGCACCGAACCAAUGUUCUAAAGAGGCGUCCACUAUUUUUCCAAGCGGAUGAAAAACCUCAAUAUUGAAGGUUACGUUAUUCUACCCUUGCAACUCCAACAUACUGCCUCCGUUCGCUGGCACAUGGUUCCCAUUUACCCACCUCGCCUCGUCGCUCGCAAGCCAUCCCACAACGCACGCUAUGUCUUCCGGCUCAGCAAGACGUUUCUCUGCCGUGGCCGCAUUCUUGAGGUCUUCCAUCCACGUCAUUCCCGCAGCCUGAAUGGCACGCAUCACGUCCGUCAUCUGAAAGAAGAACACACAUCCAGCGUCAGCACAAAGAACUUAGACACAUAGAUUCGACAGACGUCGACACUCGACGUGGGAAGCGGGUGCUGUGGGGGAACGCAAAAGGGGUAAAAUAACUCACAGUUGGCCCAACACAGACAGAAUUGAUCGUUAUCCCUUUCUCCGCCGAAUAAUUAAACGCCAGUGAUCUUGUGAAGCUGUCAAAGGCGGCCUUGGAGGCGCCGUACAUGGUCGCGAUCUCCUGGUUCGGCUGCCGACUCGCGGUACUUGAGAUAUUGAUCACACGGCCACCGC